AUGGAGACGCGACUGUCCUGCAGAAAACGCAGGAAUAGCGCCAUCUCUGAAUCGACGACUGAGGUUCCUGUUUCCCAUCGCACAAGACAAAGCGCCGGGAUAACAACGGAAUAUGACGCGCCCAAGGAAAAUGAAAAUGCUAGUACCCCGCGAAAAUCGCGAAAAAGAGUACGAUUUUCGGACCCCGGCCCUUUGCUGCAGGGCACAAGUGCCAGCUCCACUGGCUUGACACCAGCGAUGAGACGCACUUCUUUUGAUCCUCCGAUGACUGCCAGUGACAAUCAGACACCAUCCCGAAAAGCGCGGCGGCGGUCGGCGCCAACUCGCCGUCGCUCUUUGGAUCCCGUUGACGGGCUUGAUGAGGCCUCUGAACGAGUACGGCAAUUCACCCCUCUGCGUCAGAUUCUGGAUCGUCGAACGCAAAGAAGAAUACGACGGUUUGGUCUUAGCGAUGAGAUUAACCAGAUUGAGCGAGAGAAACGCGAAUAUCGCAAUUUUGAAAAGUCAUUCGCAACGCUGCGACAGGAGCGGGAUGACUUGCGACGCGAACUGGGCGCGAUGAAACAGAGACAAAGUGUCUCGGAAGUCCAUCCGCCAUCCUACGAGCCUAACUGGAGGUCGAUUUCAGCGUGCGUUCCAGGCAUAGGGAAUGAGACAAUGAGACACUCUGACGAGGUCUCGGUGACCUUUAGUAGAAACCAGGACCGUGACGAGGACAGCACGUUCACCCUCAGUGAUAGCGCCAUCAUCGUCUCAAACUCCCCCGACCUGCGUGCUAUGCGCGACUGCAGAUCAACAGAGCCUGAUAGCCUCAUGAUCGACCAAGCCAUUACGGAUGUUUCGACACAGACAUCAUUCAGGAACCACACCGAGCAGUCCGACAUGCACGACUUGACUGUUGACUUGGAAGCGGCGAGGGCAGAAAAGGAAAAGCUCUUCAACGCCUGUCGGACGCAAAUUGCUGCCUUUGAAGAUUCGGAAAUAGCAGAUACUCUUCGCCUACCUUCGCCCCCCUCUGAUUUCUUCGACAAUAUCGUCAACAUUCUGACAACUGCUCUCUCUCGUGCCUCAGAUGCAACCGUGGCCCUUGAAGGAAUCAACAAAGAAUGCUCAAAUCUCGGAUUCUCGGGUACCAGUGCCGAUGAGCUAGUUUCUGACAUGAGACGUCAUUUCCGCUCUGCACGUCUUGAGCUAGAGAGAGCUGUCCCGGGAGAGACACCGGAUGUUGGUCUCGAGGACGGAAAGGCAACCCUGGGGGCUCUUGUCAAACGAGUCUCCUCCUUGGCAAGAGAUCUGCAAGCAGAGCGCAAGCAUCAUCAUGGCUCCCAUGGCCGAGAGAAGGCGCUCCGAGGGCAGUUCGAUAAAUUACUCUAUCGAUAUGAAGCAGCCGCAAACAAAAUAGACAGCCUCGAAGACUCUAUCGCAUCUUCCGCAAGCGAUAUGCUUCACAACAGAAUGAGACUCCAGGACCUCGAAAAUGAAGACCAAGAGAAGGCCGUUGGGAUUGACAGAUUAAGCACUGCCCUCGAAAAAUACCGCGACGACAUGAAGGGCCUCGAGAACCUGGUGAGCAGGCUGGAAGAUGAGAAUGUUGCCGCCAAGGAAAAAUAUAAGCAGCAAAUCGCCAAACUGAGGUAUGAAGUGGCCCAUGAGCGGAAGAAACGCUCAGCAAUCGAAACAUCGGCCUCGGGGUACGAAACACGGAUCAGGCAGUUAGAAGAAACCGUCGAGCAGAACAGGAUACAUGUCUGUGAUCUGAUGGCACAUGUUGAAAUGCUGGAAAAAGAGCAGCAAAUCGCCUCCGAUGCUCUUGAAAAGAAAGCAUAUGAGCAAAUGCAACAACACGAACAGGAGACGGGAGCAUUGAACGUCCGCAUCUCCGAGCUGAACACAUCCCUCGAGGAGAAGAGAUUAGAAGCAAACCGUCUGCGCCAGCUCAAUGCUGGCUUGGAAGACCAGUUGCGGAUGGAGGUCGAGGCUCGUGAUGAGCUGCUCGACAAGUGGGCGGCAGAGCAAGCGCGUUCGUUUGCGUUCAUGAAGGAGAGUGUCAACUCUGAGCGGCGACGAGCCAAGGUUCGUGCCGCCAACUGGGAGCUCAAAUCGGACGAUUUCAUGUCUGACGGUAUCGCCGUCAUGGGAAGUGAGCCAAUCACACCGGUCAGCAUGACUCGCUUUGUUGAUGUUGAGUAUGGCCGAGGCAAGAACCGCAAGCGCAUGGAUAGCGGUAUCGGGAUCCUCUCGGAGGAGGAGCUUUUGAGCGACGAAAUCGAUCUGCGGCGUGAAAUUGACUCGGAUAUUGACCUUCCCACUUCCGAUUUCAUCGAUGUAUAG